AUGACUUACACAAUGACUGCCCACCUCUGCAAGCAGCUCUACGCUUCAUGGCGCCAGACCCGACAGCCUUCUCCCGAACUGGCCCUCCCAAACCAGACUCCCUCAUCUUUGAUGCGCCCUGCCUCUCGAUCUCCUUCACCUCCCGCCCAACGCUCUGAGCGACGUCCAUCGAACGCUUCAGACUCGGACUGGGCCCCGAACAGACGUCACUAG